GCAGGUCCCUGGAAGCAGCCAAACUGUCAGUGACUGCUGCUAACACAUGCUUGCUCUCAGCUCAGCUCUUUCUUCGGCUGCUGCCAAGGGAGGAGGAGGAGGAGGAGAAGAGGAAGAAGAAGAAGAAGAAGAAGAAGAAGAAGAAGUGGGGCUGGAAGGAACAGACUGAAACACACAGAUAGAGAAGAGAAAGAGACAGACUUGGACCAACCUCUGCCUGGCUGACUGUGUGGGAGACUGGAGGCAGCCCACAAGUGAUGCCUCGCACACUCCGGAGCAGCAGCACAUAGUCAGGACUUUCUUUAGGUCUCUCUGUUGUUUUUAUUUCUCUUCUCUUUCUACAUUUUCCUCUCUUAUCUCCGAUUCAAUGAUGAGGAGAGACCGUCUCUUCUUGGCCGCGACCCUCACAGCCAUCUUCUCUGCUGACCUUUACUUCAUUCUCCUGCCAAAGCUGCGGAGCAUAGGACGAGGGUCAGGACAGUUUUGCUCAUGUGGUCCCAACAACCUCACCCUCCCCAGGCAGGAGGGUCUCGCCACCCCGCAGCUGUCCAACUGGACUUCUGGGUCACCUCUGGUUGGCGCUACGACCGACCCCACAGACGGAGGCUCAAAGCUGGCCAGGCUGUUUGCUCACCCUCUGUAUAACAUCCAGACUCCGGCGCUGGGGCCAGAGGAAAGGCUGCUGCAGGCGGAGCAGCUGAUGGAGUACUACAGGAGGAAGGUGUCACGGUGGGAAAGGCACAUGAAACUCUACAGCGAAGCAGCAGCUGUCUCCAACCUCACUGUGACCGAACACGAAGUGACCUUUGACCCCGACGCCACCUGGCUGAAGUUCCACCUGGGAAUAAGCCGCUAUGCUCUGUACUCCCGCGAUGACCCUGCUAUCCCGCAACUGCUCAAGGACAUGGAGAGCAUGGCGGUCGUCAGCGCAGACUACACUCAAGAUGAGAAGGCCCUGAAGGGAGCGUGCGAUUGUUCCCAAGUGGUGAAGCCCAGUGGGCAUCACCUGAAACUGGCUCUGAAAAUGCGUAACUUUGCCAAGGCCAUGUUCAAACCAAUGAGGCAGCAGAGGGAUGAGGAGACUCCAGAGGACUUCUUCUACUUUGUUGACUUCCAGAGACACAACGCAGAGAUCGCUGGCUUUCACCUGGACAGGAUCCUGGACUUCCGGAGGGUCCCACCGGUGGCUGGCAGGCUGGUAAACGUCACAGGAGAAGUCCUCCAAGUCACCCACAAUGACGACCUUCGAGCUGUCUUCUUCACCUCACCAGCGAACAACACGUGUUUCUUCGCCAAGUGCCUGUAUGUGUGUAAGACAGAAUAUGCGGUGUGUGGGAACCCUGACCUACUGGAGGGCUCCCUGUCUGCCUACCUGCCCGGCCUCAGCAUCGCUCCCCGCAUCUCCAUCCCCAACCCCUGGAUACGAUCGUACACUUUCACCGGAAGAGAAGAGUGGGAAGUGAAUCCUUUCUACUGUGACACCAUAAAGCAGCUGUAUCCAUAUAACUCCGGCAACAGGCUCCUCAACAUCAUAGACAUGUCCAUCUUCGACUUCCUCAUAGGUAACAUGGACAGACACCACUAUGAGAUUUUUACCAAGUUUGGGGAUGAAGGAUUCCUUCUCCACUUGGACAACGCCAGAGGGUUUGGAAAGCACUCUCAAGAUGAGAUGUCCAUCCUGGCGCCGCUAUCUCAGUGCUGCAUGAUAAAGCGCUCCACGCUGCUGCGGCUCCAGCUCCUGGCUCGACCAGAGUACAGGCUCAGCGACGUGAUGAGGGAGUCCCUUGAUGGAGACCCUUUACAGCCGAUCCUGAUGGAGCCUCACCUUUUAGCGCUGGACCGCCGGUUACAGAAGAUCCUCCGAGUCGUCCAGCGCUGCGUCCGGAGGCUGGGCGAGGAUGAGGUGAUCACCAAGGACUUUAUCAAAUCCACAGCGAGACCUCAGACUGCCACAGAGAUGAAAAAGACCAGGUAACAGAGGAUGAUAGGCUCGUCCCUCCUGCUUUUUGUACCACAGAGGACUUCAUGGUGAAGCACAGUCACCUUUUCAGCAAACAAGACCCAGGUGGUUUCGAUUUAAGGAACAAGCCAUAAAUGGAAGACGCUGUGGAAUCUCAUUGGGGAGGUUCAGAAUGUGAAUCUCUGCUGGCCUCAAAUUCCUAUCUAAGAGGGAGACGCACCUUUAUUUCCCUUCGUUUCUCUCGUGGUCAUAACUUCCCCCCCAAGGGUGCAUUUUAUGACAGGGCUCUCAAGUACCCUUUAUGCACAUAGAUCAGGGUGGUUAGAAGGUUUGUACAUAUAAAUUAAGGCCUUUUAAAGAACAAUUGAAGACCAACGUCAGCUGGAAAAUUAGCUGGGAGAGUAAAAAUACAGUAGUGAUGCUAAUACAGAAGAUUUCAUUCAUACAUGGAGCCACAGACACGCUCUCACCGUCACACACAUCAACAUCAGCAAAGAAGUUCACACAGGAGAGCUGUGAUGCACUGGAUCAGUCGUUCGUCAAAUGAACGCUGACUGUUAGAAGAGAGAUGUGUGUGUCGUCCAUGUGAUGUUAAAAUUAGAAAAUAAAGUUAUUUUAUCUGAUGACAGCUGUUUUUAAGAAAAGCUAUCACCUGCAAGUAAAAGUGUAAGCUGGUUUGUC